AUGGCCGAUCGCUUCAAGAACCGAAGUCUCAUGGCGGCUUUGUCGCAGCUCGUCAACGUCUUUGUCAUCGCGCUACAGGUCGGCUUGGCAGCACAAAGCCUGCUGUUCUGCCGAGGGGGUCAGUCGGCAGCGUACUUCAUCGGCGCCAGCAAUGGCGUGACGCCUUUCUUCCUGUUCCUGUCCAUGGUUUCCAGUCACUCGUUAGGCACGAUCAAGAAAAACACCGUCAACGCCAUUGUCUUCAUCACCAUGGCUGUCUCGUACCUAGCCGGCCCUCAGAUCCUUGUCCACCCGCCGUACUAUACCUCGGCCAAGGCUGCGACCCUUGCACUAUGGGCGUUCGUUUUCGUCCUGAUGCUUGGCAUCUGGUACUUCAACAAGUGGGAGAACCAGAAGCGCGAUCAAGCCGAAGCUGCCGGCCUUGUCCAAGAGGUCGAAAACAUUGAAUUCCUCGAUCUUACCGAUAAACAAAACAAGAAGUUCCGCUAUGUGCUACCUAUUCAUCGACGUGAGUUUGAGAUCGCCUUGAUCUGUGCCCUUCCAAUAGAAUCCAGCGCAGUCGCCGCUCUCUUCGAUGGGCAGUGGGAUGACUUCGGGACAAUUGAUGAGGAUGACAAUUCGUAUACGACAGGCUGGAUUGGAAAACACAAUGUUGUCCUCGUACACUUGCCCGGCAUGGGCAAAGUCGCCGCUGCUACGGCUGGUGUUCACCUCAGAGCCUCCUUCCCCGAUGUGAGAUUAUGCCUGGUUGUUGGUGUUUGUGGAGGAGUACCGACCAGGACCAACAUUGGUGACAUUUCGUUGGGCGCUGUCCUUAUCAGCACAGGGAUCAAUCAAUUGGAUUUGGCAAGACAAUAUCCCGGUGGCCUGGAGAAAAAGGAGAGUCUCGACGACAAUCUGGGUCGACCAAAGUCCGAAAUACGUGCUUUUUCUCAUUGUUUAAGGACAAAACAAGGAUACCGAAGGUUGGAGGGAGAUACUUUAGACUUUCUACAAGGCCUUCAUGCCACGAAGGAAUAUUCGGAUUUGGAGCGCCCAAGCCCGGGUGAAGACAAGAUCUAUCCCCCAGAGUAUCGCCAUAAGCACCAGAAUCCAGUGGUUUGCAACAUCUGUGCCCAAUGCAAUGGCCCAUCAGAUCACAUCUGUCGGGAGGCUCGAGACUCUAGCUGUACUGAACUUGGCUGCAAUGGCAUUGCCCGUCGAAGUUCCUCACAAGGGCGUGACUUCCGAGACCAAGAUGGCGCCCCUUUUUUGAUUCACUUCGGCUGGUUCGCAUCCGGGGACGUGGUCAUGAAAUCCGAUGCUCACAGAGAUGGCGUCGCGAACGAACAUGGUGUCAUCGGGUUCGAGAUGGAGGGAGCUGGAGUAUGGGAUCAGAUUCCUACUAUCAUCAUCAAGUCCGUCUGCGACUAUGCAGAUAGCCAUGAGAGUAAAAUGUGGCAAGGUUACGCUGCAACAGUGUCAGCCAGCUGCAUGAAAGCCCUUCUCAAACACUGGUCCUUCACUUACAACAAAGCUGGGCCAAUAGCUCUCGCCCGGGCAAAAGAAAGCCUUGAAGAUCAAGAAAAAUGCCUACAGUCUUUGGCAUUUCCAGAAAUAUUCACCCGCAAAAAUAGGAUUCGAGAAGCGGCCCCGGGAACGUUCAAUUGGCUUUUCCAGCAUAGAAGCUAUAAGUCAUGGCUCGUCAAACGUAGAGGGCUUUUGUGGAUUAGAGGCAAACCGGGCACAGGUAAAUCAACACUCGUCAAUUAUGCCACUGGGGACCAAAACAAAGAGCAGAAAGAUCCCGUAUUGGCUUCUUUCUUCUGUGAUGGAACAGGAGUGCCUCUCCAGAGGAGCCCACUUGGACUCGUCCGAUCGCUUUUGCAUCAGAUUUUAAGCCGUGUUCCUCAUCUCCUCAAUGAAUUCACCAACAACUUCAAGGAAAGAUGGCGCACCAUCGGCGAGCCAGGGGUGAAGUGGAAUUGGGAAGUCAAAGAGCUUGAGACAUUUCUGAAGAAUACGGUUAUGUCUUCAGCAAAAGCGCCGGCUAUCCGGAUAUCUGUCGAUGCGCUUGACGAAUGCGGCGAGGACAACGCCAUAUACAUUGCAUCACGUUUCGAGGAUCUCGCUUCGAGUUGCAAUCCAAGCAUGCACAAUCCAAGCAUGCUCUUCUCGUGUCGUCAUUACCCUAAUAUUCGCAUUUACCAGGGCAGCGACAUUGUCAUUACCCUUGAAGACGAAAAUGAUGGAGAUAUAAGAAAGUAUGUGGAAAGCCGCAUGAAGUCCGCGAUUCCAAAUGAGAACCAUGCACAACUGGUUAUAUCCAAUAUCACAAGUGGAGCUCAAGGAAUCUUUCAGUGGGUUGCUCUGGUUGUGGAAAUUGUCCUCAAGCUUCGCCUCUACAAGAAGAACAUGGACGUGAUAUUGAAGCGGAUUCGAGAAACACCGACCGAUCUCCACAAUCUCUAUCAAAACAUCUUUCAAACUCUUCCGGAUGAGGAUCGAGCGAAAGCACUGAAACUCAUGCAAUGGGUAUGUUUCGCUGCUCGACCACUCUCUCUGAGAGCACUACACGUUGCCUUGGUCCUUGAUAUGAACCCCGUCUUCACCUCCAUCAAAGAGUGUCUGGACUCCUCAGGAAGAUACGAACUAGAAGAAAUGAAGGAAGAAGUCAAAAAGCUUUCAGGAGGAUUAAUCGAAGUGCAGGAAACCGGUAAAGUACCACGAGCGCGAUUCAUUCACCAAUCUGUGUUUGAUUACCUCCUCAACGCCGGACUGGAACAGCUUGGCGGCUCUUCAAUGGUUGUCGGAAAUGCCCAUCUCCAACUAUCACGAUCUUGCCUUCAAUACUUGACAUUGAAAGAUGUAGUAGCCUGUGGAAAGUCACCAGAGCCUAGAAGCUCGGUUGGCUUGAACAAGACCGCGACUUCCCAAUUUUGCUGGUCCUUUCAAGGAUACCCCGUGGCUAUCAUUGCCCUCGGGCCCCGUCGACGGACUCACUGCUGUCCAACCACUGACCCUGGCCCAGACCCACACUUCCCCUACUCGGAUGAGCGACUUCAGUUUUUUCAAUAUGCCUAUAUGUACUGGAUAGCUCAUGCACAAAAAGUCGAACAUAAGGGACUUCCUCAACCUGAUCUUUUGGUGCUGCUUCAGUGGCCAAAAGUUGACCUUUUCCAAUCUUGGGCCAAGAUAGCUGAGUUGUGGCAGCGGAAAAUCCGAGAACAUAGUAUCACAGAUGACUUGAACUCGCUUGAACUUGCGUCAUUGAGUGGUUUUACAAAUGUGGAUGAAGCGAUCUUCAAAUCAUCCUCUGCUAUUUCAAAGACACACAAAUCUUGGCCCAAGACUGCACUCAGCUACGCCGUCCAUGAUGGCCUCUCAGCAAUUGUCAGAUUGCUGUUGAAUACAGGCGAAUUCGAAGCUCCAGAUGAGGAUUUGUUUUCAGCUCUCGAAGACGGGUAUAUGGAUAUUGGUUAUAUGCUUUCAGAGACCAACCAAAUCGAUCUCAGCUCCAAGAAUGAGAAUGGUUGGACGCCACUUACCGUGGCAGUGAAAUGUGGCUAUGAGAGAAUGGUCCAGCAGCUGCUACUGCACGGUUCAGACGUCAAUUCCGAGGACAAUUUCGGCUUCACACCGUUAUACAGGGCCGCUCAUGCGGGCGAUGGCAGAAUGGUCCAGGUGCUCCUCUCCGCGGCGCGGAUCGAGGCCGAUCUAAAGGAUGUGUAUGAACGGACACCGCUAUCUGUAGCUGCUGGAGAGGGGUACAGCGAGGUCGUUAAGCUAUUACUGUCUGCUGGGAAUGUCAAAGUGGACUCGGAGGACAUCUAUGGCCGGACACCACUAUUCUGGGCUGCCAUGCAUGGACAUGUCGUUAUUGUAGAGCUGCUACUCUCCACUAGCCAAGCAAAUUCAGAGGUAAAGGACAAAUAUGGUUGUACACCACUCGACUGGACUUACACGAACCACCACAAGUCCGUUGUCGAACUGUUGGUGAGCUGGAAAGAAAUAAGGACGUCCUCUGGAGUGCGUGGUUAA